ACUAAAGUAAUAGGGGUACUUAAAGUAACGCUUACGUUCAUUCUGAAAAAAAUUUCCAGUUGGAAAGUUCCUAGUUUUUGUCAGAAGAGCACAAUGGAUGUUUUUGAAAGAGUCUGGUACAUCAUUACAUAUAUUAUAAAUAAUGGUUUUUUUCCGGCGAAAUUGAAAGUAUCACCAAAAUGUUUGAUUGGAAAAACGGCAAUUGUGACAGGUGGAUGCUCAGGCAUUGGUUACGCCACAGCAACUGCCUUGGCUUCUAGAGGUUGCAGAGUUAUUUUGGCGGAUUGUCAAAGUGGUACAAAAGCGAAAAAUGAAAUAAUCGCCACUACAGGAAACCAAAAUGUUGUGUACAAACAUUUAGACCUUGGUUCUUUCCGAUCUGUGAGAAAUUUCGCUGCAGACAUUUGCAAAACAGAGGAAAAAAUCGACAUCCUACUCAAUAAUGCUGCUGUAGGCAUAACAGAAAAACUUUUAUCAGAAGACGGACUUAAUUACCUUAUGCAGGUCAAUGUUUUUGGAGCUUUCUUGUUGACACAUUUGCUGCUAGAACCUCUGAAAAAAGCUGAAUCCGGUAGGGUUUUCUUCAUCGGUUCAUUUCUAGCAUCAAUCAACAAUCUCAGUUUAGAUAAUCUGAAUAUAACGGAUUAUGAGAUGACUGAUGAAUAUAAAAGGUUAUUGUACAGCCACUCCAAGACAUGCUGUAUUAUUACAGCUCAAGAAUUUGCUAAGAGAUUGAAAAACUAUGGUAUUACCGUAAAUUCAUUGGACCCAACAGCAGUAAACACUCCAAUGGUACAAAAUGCCAGCAAAAAUUAUGGUAACUUGUUGGAGUCGACGAUAUUGACCUUUUUGUCAAUUUGUUUCUCCAAGGAUGUUGACGUAGUGGCCAACUUUUAUCUAUCAGUGAUGACCAAGGAGGACGCUGAUAAAACGAAUGGGGAAUACUACGUACUAUCUAAAAUUUCCAGAAAACCCCCCAAUGUAGACAAUGAGAAACUUUGUCAAGCUUUGUGGACUCAAAUGGAGGAAUACGUUCUACUGAAACCAGAAGAGAAGAUUAGUUCUUGAAAUUUGACACACAAUCACGCUCAAAUUAAUUGAUGUGUAUCAUUAUACACAAACAGAAUUAAGGUUAGAGCAUCGUCUUUAAAAAAUCCUUGUUCAUUAUUAUGUCAAGCUGCCACUUGAGUUCUAUAGAAAAUUAUUGUAUUCAAUCAAGAAAAAAUGCAUUUCUUUAUA